AUGGUCCUGCCGACCAGUCCAAUCAAAGGCCUUGUCAACUCACGCCUAGAGAAUCUUUCUGGCCAAAAGACCCAAGAUGCUCUUCUCGAGUUGAUUGGCUUGCAGAUUAUUUCGCCAGCUACUGCAAAUAAGACUGACGGCGGCGGUGUUUCUGGUGCCAGUCCUGAUGCGGAUGAAGACAAGCAAGAGAAGGCGAAAGAAGUGGGGGAAGAAGAGAAUGAAGAGAACGAUAGCGAGGAAGAAGGCGACGUUGUUGGCGUUGCCUAUCCCUAUCUGGAGCUCACUGAAAAAUCUAAUGGGUUAUUGCAAGUGGGGAGGUUGGUCAUCCGAGAUUGCUAUGUGGACGUCUUGAAGAGAGGAAAAUGUGCCUUUGUGGCUGGAACCCUCGGCAUUGGAAAGUCUAUGUUUGGUUUGCUACUGCUGAGGGCGAUUGUGUUGGAGGGGGACAAGACUGUUGUCUAUUGGGACAAGGACAAGGCUACAGCAUUCUCCUUCUGCGAGACCAUGAAGGCAAGGUAUGGCCUGAAUCAGGAAUUCGACGUCGACCUCAAGGCCGGAACAAAAACUCUUUACAUGGUAACAUGGGAAUCCAACCAGGAAUCCUUGGAGAAUUUUCUCAUGGAUGACGACGUCUUGGUGAUUCAUGAUCCAUCGAUAGAGUACACCAAGGCUGGACUCAAAAAUGGCAAAACGUCGACCGUAUUUGUCCUUUCCUAUGGACACGGAUUGAUGGAUGAAUGGAUCCGAAAGUCGUGUGGCCCCCCAACAAAACUAUACAUGCCGUGCUUCCAAAAAUCGGAGAUUCUGGCAAACAAGGAUAAUCUCUUCUGUGACCGGGAAGAGGAUUGGAAAGUGAAUAUGGAAGGCAGCAUUGAAUCGGCAUUUAAAACCUUUGGUGGAAGCAUCCGCUACUAUGGACGAGACGAUUCACAGGACUUUUGGGAGGCGAUGCAAGCCAAAGUGGAAAGAGUUCUCAGUGAGAACGGCAGGGACAUUGCAAAGAGAACCAUCAAUUUCCGUGGUUCUAUCCGGCACGUUGAAGUGGACUUUGACAAAAGCAAGCCCCUUUUCCCCGAGAAAGGACACAACAGAUUCGAGAAGGAGGGUUACGUUUUGGGUUCGGAUGGCAUAACUCAGCGCAGCGUUCAAGACAUGAAAAAUAUCAUGAAAUGUUUCUCUGGCGAACCUGGAGUGGAAACAGUGUACGGUGUCUUGUUUGAAACAUACGCGCACCGCCUAUUUCGCGAAUCAAUCAAUGAAGGACCCCGCGCCUACAAAAUGAAGGUUGUCACUAAUGAUGGAGGUAAAAACAACAAGCCGGAGUUCACAGAAGUACCAUUCAAGGCGGAGGAACACAUUCAUCUCGCUGGAAUGGAUCCGAGCAAAUUGAGCGAAGAAUUCUCAAACCGUGCAAAUGCGGAAAUCAGUGCCUAUUUUCAACCCGAGGUGAGCAACUUCCCCACGUACGACGCCGUAUUGAUUGUUUCGGGCGAGACAGUUGGUUUGGAAUACGACAAAGUUGCCUUGUUGCUGCAAAUGACAGUGUCGGGCGUCCGGAGUGAAACGCCAACCGAAACAUAG